AUCAGCGUCACCUCCCUCCCAGUUAGAAGUCUCUGUGGACUCACCAGGACCCAGACUCCCCAAACCCUGAGGAUGCUGCUCACGGGGCCCCCAACCCACCUCCUGCUGCUCUGGGGGGCCCUGGCCCUGACCCAGACCUGGGCGGGCCCCCAUUCCCUGAGAUAUUUCUUCACCGCCGUGUCCCGGCCGGGCCGCGGGGAGGCCCGGUUCCUGGAGGUCGGCUACGUGGACGACCUUCCUUUCGAGUGGUUCGACAGCGACUCGGAGAGUCAGAGGGCGGAGCCGCGGGCGCCAUGGGUGGAGCAGGUGGAGCCCGGCAUUUGGGACGUGAGCACGCAGAACGCCAAGGGCUUAGCACAGAUUUUCCGACUGAGCCUGCACAACCUGCGCGGCUACUACAACCAGAGCCAGGACGGGUCUCACACGCUCCAGUUCACGUGGGGCUGUGACAUGGGACCGGACGGCCUCCUCCUCCGCGGUUAUGACCAGUCCGCCUACGAUGGCACCGACUACCUCGCCCUGAACGACGACCUGCGCUCCUGGACCGCGGCCGACACCGCAGCUCAGAUCACCCGGCGCAAGUGGGAGGAGGCCGGUGAGGCUGAGCGAGUCAGGAACCAACUGGAGGGCAGGUGCCUGGAGUGGCUGCGCAGAUACCUGGCGAUGGGAAAGGAGGUGCUGCAGCGUGCAGACCCUCCAAAGACACACGUGACCCACCACCCCAUCUCUGACCGUGAGGUCACCCUGAGGUGCUGGGCCCUGGACUUCUACCCUGCGGACAUCAGCCUGAGCUGGCAGCGUGAUGGGGAGGAGCAGACCCAGGACAUGGAGUUUGUGGAGACCAGGCCUGCGGGGGAUGGGACCUUCCAGAAGUGGGCGGCCCUGGUGGUGCCCCCUGGAGAGGAGCAGAGAUACACGUGCCAUGUGCAGCAUGAGGGGCUGCCCGAGCCCCUGACCCUGAGAUGGGAGCCGCCUCUUUGGGCCACCAUCCCCCCUGUGGGCCUGGUUGUGGGCCUGGUCAUCCUUGGAGCUGUGCUCACUGGAGCUGUGGUCACUGGAGCUGUGAUGAUGUGGAGGAGGAAGCGCUCAGGAUGUUUUCUUCCCACAGGUGGACAAGGAGGGAGCUAUGUCCAGGCUGCCAGCAGCUACAGUACCCAGAGCUCUGAUCAAUCUCUCUUGGCUUUUAAAGCAUGAGGCACGUGCCUUGUGGGGGACUGAGUGAUGGGAGAUUUGUUCGAGCUCCUACUUUGUGAUUCAAGAACCUCUGAUUUCCUUCUGCAAAUGGCAUUUGGAUGUGUGUGUUCCUAUCAGCAUAAAGUGAGGAGGUGGGAGGCUGGCCCACCCCUGCCCACCACUCAUCCUUCUCACACUUUCCUGUCCAUCAGAGCCCGGCUGGGCCCUCCCCAUCCCUGUCUUUACUUUGUGGUGCUCAGUGGGGGACUGAGUCAUGCGACAGUUGUCUACACUCCCACUUUGUGACUCAAGUGAGAGGUUAGCAUGGUGAUACGUGGGCAGGCUACAUAGCCAUCUUGAAUGGAAAUAAAGAAAAAACGAAUUUAUUUAAGGAAAGAGGGUGGGGGAUGGGAUACCCAAAGGGAAGGGCUGCACAGCAUCGAGCCAAGUGGAGGUUGGGUGGAUGAUGGCAACACCCAAGAUAUCCAUGUCCUUAUAUGCAGUCACUGGCAGGAAACUCUGGUCUGGGGGCUGAAUAGGUGGGUUGGAAUGGGGAUAGAAUGCAGGUGUGGAAUCAGGUGUCUUUUGGAAAAUUUCAAUUGCUUACAUGGUCUAACUCCUGGUAUCUAGCAAGUUUUUCCUGCUCUUGGAAGACACUAUGGAAGACAGUAUGGAGUUUCCUCAAAAAACUAAAAAUGGAACUCCCAUUUGACCCUGUGAUCCCACUUCUAGGAAUAUAUCCCAAGAAAACAGAAACACCAAUCAGAAAGGAUAUAUGCACCCCUGUGUUCAUAGGAGCACAAUUCACCAUAGCUAAGAUCUGGAAAUAGCCAAAGUGCCCAUCAGUAGAUGAAUGGAUUAGAAAACUGUGGUACAUCUACACGAUGGAAUACUAUGCUGCUAUAAAAAAGAAGGAAUUCUUACCAUUUGCAACAGCCUGGAUGGAAUUGGAGAGCAUUAUGCUAAGUGAAAUAAG